AUGCGCGCUCUAUCUUUGAUUUGCAUUUCUGUUUUGUUCGCCGGCGCGUUUUCAAAAGUUCCAACGACAUAUAAGGAUAAGGACACAAAACCCGAGAAGAUUGACAAAGUUGAACGUCUCGACCACGAUGUGAUAUUCCGAGCCCUUGGCGUUCCGUUUUGCAUGCGCAAAUGCAUUGAUUCAUUUAUCAACACGACGACAACACUGUGGACGAUGAGCAAUGUGGUGACACAGGCGCGAAGCAUGUGCUCGGCUCAUGCCAAAUCGAUCGCGUGCCUUAAAACGGACCAAUUUUGCGAUGUGCACAAAAUCUUCAAUGUGGCGACGAGCAGCGUCGAAUAUAUGUGCGCGAAAAAGUUUGUGCUUUUCGAGAGAAUGGAGAAGUGCCUUGAGCCGGUCGUCGACGAUGUCAUGAAGCAAUGCGACAAAUCGUGCUACGCCAGAUCGAAUCUGACCGCCUUCUCCAAGGAUGCCAACAUCAGAUUCGCGGCGACGGUUGGCGGAAAUGUGUUCAUCGUGACUGACCACCUUGGCGAGCUCUGCGGAUCUCUUCAAUGCACGCUUCCAUGCGUCACGAAGAAGUUGAACCAGGCUUGUCCGCUUAGUGGAUGGCUGGCUCUCGACAUGCUUCUUCAGCCACUCGACGCUGCUGCGACGAUGAUUGACAACCUUGCUCCUGCUGUAAAGGACCUCAUCGGCAAGAAAAUUGACAAACGCUGCAGAUUUGCAAUUCACACAACACAAUUAAACCGGGUGCGCAAUGGAGACUUUAGCGCUUUCCAAACAAAGUAG